AUGGGAAUCUCCACAGAAUGGAUAGAUGUCUUAUUUCCUAUAGCCGCAGAUGAGUUCUCGACCCUACGAUCUGCUCCAAAUGGUGCUCGUGAUUCCCUGAGGGCGUUACUGCUUCUUACGCUCUUCGCUCUAACUUUCGCAGCAGCUAUGUUAGCUACCGUUUUGCGAGGCGAUUGGGCGAGAAGCCAUAUCACGUCAUUUAUUGCGUGCAUGGGUGGUGGAGUUUUCCUGGCCACGUGCAUGCUGGACUUAUUACCAGACGCUAUUGAAUCGUUCGAGAAGAGUGGAUUCGAUUCGAAUUUUCCAAUCGCCGAAGCCGCCGUGGCAGGAGGAUUAUUGUUGGUUUUAACAAUUGAACAGGUCGUCCUCACGCUCCAAGAGCGUGGGUGGCUCAGCUCAGGCCAUCUACACCUCCAUGAUGAAGGUGAAAGUUCUCAUCCUCAGGAUCUAUCUCUCCAAGAUGAUACUGAACAGGACGCGAAUCCUAUGUUAGGAGCUUGUUUACUCGUACUUGCAUUAUCAUUACAUGCGCUCUUCGAAGGCCUUUCAUUAGCUGUGAUCAGUGAUGCUUCCAAAUUGCUAGAGGUUUUUGCGGCCCUUAUCCUGCACAAAUGUAUAAUUGGAUUUAGCCUAGGCGUCCGCCUUGUGCAAAGUGGCAUGCGUACCCCUUGGGUUGCACUUUGUGCGUGUUUGUUCAGUAUACAGGUACUAAUCGGCGGGUUAGGUGGAAUGGAAAUCAUGUCACUGAUUUCCGGUGGUGAUCGAUCAACAGCUGCUCUAGUCUCCACCAUACUUCAAGGAAUCGCAUGUGGCACGUUCCUCUACAUAACUACUUUUGAGGUCCUUCCACAUGAGUUGCGGAAGGCUGGUAAUCGACUUUCCAAACUUUUUUGUUUAUUUCUUGGCGGUUAUGAAACUGGAAUAGUGUUCUUUCAACUCACAUGUUUUGUUUUAAUCUGUGUUGAACUUGUGAAGACGUAUUUGGGUCUCUGCCUUUCAUGGUUCCUGUCAGUGGUUAUUCGAUGUCCAUUAGAAAUUGGUAGUGUUGGUUGGUGGAGGCUAAGCGAUGUGCGAAUUCGAUUACCAAGUGGACUUAACGUCUAUGUUGAUGUGUGCCAACUUCAACUUUUCUCUGUUCUAGUCAGCAAACCUCUCCUGUUAUCGUUAUCCAAUGUGAAGGUAGAAGGAGAUGCUCGAUUACUCGCGCAAGCGUCUCCUAGAAGAAAUGGUGCGCCCAUCCGGCGCUCCAGUUCUAAACAUUCACUGUUCUCGCGAGUCACUCAGCUAAUACAGUACUGUGGCUUGUACGUUACUCGAGGACACUUGGUCCUUUUUGAUGCACUCCCCGGAUGUAUAUUUCAUGUUACCAUUGAUGAGCUGCUUGUGGAAACGUUUAGAAGUCGUGAUGGCUGGCAGCUAGAGACAUCGUGCAUGAUGACGCGAGCGAAAGCCAUCCGUCGACCGCCUACGCCUGACCACUCACUUUUUGAUCUCGGUCUUCAGUUCAGACUUUCUAUUGAUAUUGCGGGAGGUCGUCUUAAAACUAUUAGCUUUCAUGUCACAGAUCCUACGGUUGAAUUAUCGAGCGGCGUAUUUGAUGAACUUGACGAGCAUGUGGACUCUUUCAAACUGCCUGAAAAUGCUUUUGAAAACCCAUCAGGGGUUCCAAGUGGCAAAGAGCUUUUUUCUAUCGAGCAUCUUUCGGAUUUAUGCAUUGAGACUAACAACUGCCUGUUGAAAUAUCAUAGUAUAUCAAGUGGAGAAAGUCGAAUGUUAACUAUAGCGUUGCGAGGAUUGUCGGUUACAAAAGACAGUGGUAAAACUCAAACACGGGUUGUGGGAUUAUCAAUUGAGGAUCAGCGUCAACGACUGGCUCUCAGAACAAGCCUUCUCGUUCUGUCACAUGAGAAACGAGCCGCCGGAGUUGGUGUGCAAGUCAUUUCGGAUAGUGUUCAAACAUCCCUCUCUAUGCAGGAUGUAGCGUGGUGGAAAGUUCAUGUUGACUCUGUUCUUCCAGUAAUAAGAAAAGCUGUGGGACAGUCAACACCUGUUGCUCCUUCUACUCCACCACGCAUUCCAGUCACAUUUUCUGUAGAAGUAGCGUCAAUUUUCUGUGAUCUCGUAGAUGCCGAUGCAUUCCAGUCAACUUUAUCUGUACAGUUUUUAAGUAUUACGAAAGAAGAACAUUUGCUAGAAGUAGGAGUGGAUUGUCUUUGUAUUGCGGGUCCUAGCAUCCAGUUAAUAGAUGCGACAUUCGAAAGGCAUCAGUGGGGACAGUCGGUUUACAUCGGGGCUGCGCUUGUUCAACAAAAUCUGAAUGAACCAGACUUGCUUGUUGGGAUUGACGACUGUAAGAUCGAAUGGAGCGACAAACUGGCCAACCAAUUAAAAAAGCUAGCAAGCGUGUUUUCUUCAAAACGCGCUAGUGCAACUACGGUGUCCGUUACCAGGCGUACCUCAAACAUUCGGCUGCAGUUGAAGAGGGCAGCCAUUUUUUCUUUGGCGAAAGAAACGUCGUAUCUUGCUUGGUUAUGCGAUGAACUAGCAGCAGAGAGCACUUCUUCGUGCGAUUUAGUGGUUUCCGCACAGAAAACUCGAUUAGUGUCGGGUGUUAUAAGUGACACCUUCGUUGAUCUUCCGUUACUCUACAAUGUGAAGAAAUGCGUUCCACCUCUGUUAAAGGAGGAAGAUGGUCCGCCUUGGCGUUGUUGGAAUCAGUCGGAGAAUGAUGCACGCAAGAACCGGCGACGUACCGCUUUUGGUGAGAAGAUCGCAAAGGAACCGCAGUUGUGCGGCGAGACAAACAUGCUGUGUGUUUCCAUCGAGACCUUGGUCACGUCUGUCCGUAAUGUGACGAUUUCAUCCGGCACACGACUGUACCUGGUGUGGUCACCAUUGCUUCAUCGUGUGAUAUAUCAUAUGAUUCAAGUCGUCAAGAGAGUUGUAUGGCUGAUCCCAUCACUGACGUUUGAUUAUUCGCCGGCAGGCCUUACGGCAGUAUCACCGCAAUUAACAAUCAGUAUGGAUGGAGCCGACAUUGUGACCGCCAUGGAUGUUUACAUUACUCGGCGCCCCUUUGACGCUCAAAUGGAUAGCUUCCGCAGGGGAUUCGACAACUGUACAACACUUUCUAACAAAGUAUGGACCUGGACCGCAGCUUCGUUUCUCUUCUACCUUCCAUACGAAUUCAAUUUUGCGCAAGUUUUUGAUGAGUUUAUAAAUUGUAUCAAAUGGAUCAAAGUAGUACAUGGGUUGAAGUCAGCGCCGUUCAAACCUGGUGGUCCAUUGCCAGCCGACUUCCGUCUUGUGUUCAAG